AUGGCGUGCUUAAUAAAUAAUUUGAUAAGAUUGAAAAUGACAGCAUGCAGAUAUGAAGCAGAGGAACUUCAAGUCGUGAAAGCAGGUUUUCUUAGAAAAUACAAAAAAGGGUUUCUAUCAAAGGGUUUCAAGGCAGUCUACGUGGAGCUGACCAGAGACAGUUAUUUUAUGUGGUAUCGCGACCAAACCAGCUACAAACGAGAUGGCAUCCUACAUUUGAAAACGGUUUGCGAUUAUUUGGCGGUGGGUCCGUACACGAGGAGCGUUCCGGGUCGACCGAAUCUUUCGAGGCACGUGAACGAGAGGCACUUGCUGGCAGUUCCCUCUACCCCGUGUCGAAAUUCCCUCGUUCAUUGGUUCCUCUGUGCUAAUGAUGCUGAUUUGAAAGGUCUCAUAUAUCUCACUGUGUCAAAUGCUGUCAUCUUCAAGUAUCCAGUAUCAGGCCUGGGCAAACUACAGUCCGCAUGCGUCCCGCGGAGCUAUUUUAUGUCCAAAAAAAGGUCAACCAGACAUUAUGACCAAAAAAAGAGAAAAAGGAACCACAAAUCUUAUAAAAUUCUCCCCUGGGUCGAAAAAAUUGCUAUUAAAGUACACAUGCGGCCCUUCGAAGAUGGUAUAGUUCUCAAUGCAGCCCUCACAGCAAAAAAUUUGCCCACCCCUGAUCUAAGCUGA